UAAUAAAUUAUUAUAAAAUAAAAGUACUGAUUAGUUGAUUAGCUAUCAUAGCGUUGUAGCUUAUCAAUUGUAUUGUAUCAAAAUUUUGAUUUUGGCGCGUAAUAUUAUCUUUAUAUUAUGAUACCCAAAUCGGCCAAAUCUUCAUAAUUACUAUUCAUUAAUUCCUAUAAAUCUAAAAAAUACCUAUACAAUUUUCAAUAUUAUUAUUUAAUAUUUAUAUUGUAAUUGAUUAAGUAUUCGAAAAUCUGUAUUGUAUUCAGUGAAUUAUUUAUUUGGAUUUCAAAGCGCAUUGAAAAAAAGCUGGAGGUUAGAAGGCAAUAAUCCCAACAAAAAUGUCUAAAAGAAAACAAGUCAGUGCAGAGGAAAAACGAACCAGGAUGUUGGAUUUAUUUCAUGAAAAAAAAGAUUUUUACCAGCUCAAAGAAUUAGAAAAAAUUGCACCAAAAGAAAAACAAAUAAUAGUGCAAUCAGUAAAAGAUGUCAUUCAAAAUUUGGUAGAUGAUGGUUUAGUUGAUACUGAUAAAAUAGGAACAUCGGUCUAUUUUUGGUCUUUUCCAAGCAAAGCAAAAAUUGUUAAGAAAAAUGUACUAGCUAAUGCUAAAACAAAAUUGGAAGAGUAUGAAAAAAAGCUUAAUAAAAAUAUAGAAAUUAUUAAAAAAGAAAAAUUAGGAAAAGAGGUAACAGAUGAAAGACAAGCAUUCUUGGACAAACUCAAGGUACUCAACGAAGAAAAAUCACGUUUAGAAAGUGAACUAAAAAAAUAUGAAGAUUCCAAUCCAGUAGAGUUUGAGCGUAUGAAGAAAAGAAUUGAAGUGGCCAAGGAAGCGGGAAACCGUUGGACGGAUAAUGUUUUUUCAGUGAAGUCGUGGUGCAAGAAGAAGUUUUUCUUAGAAGAUAGCGUCAUUGACAAACAGUUUGGAAUUCCAGAAGACUUGGACUAUUUAGAAUGAACGAUAAUGUGCACUGCAAACCAUGUAUCCUACUUUUUUACUACAUUUUU